AUGGGGUUCUGCUGUGGGCCUUCGGAUGUCCAGGUGCUCCCCAAGAACACCGCCACUUCCUCCUCCUCAUCCUCCUCGUCUUCUGCUAAAGAUUCCGGUGAUGGCGGCAAGAAGAAACAGCAGCAAGGUGUAAAGGAGCAGGGGAAGGAGAAGAAGAUGAGCAACCUUGACCGGGCCGCCCUCACAACGCCCCGCCUCCCCUUCCAUUCUCGACCCGGUCUCAUGUGA